UCUUGCAUCACAGCGGGCACCCGAGCCCGUCUAUAAAAACGAGACGGCACGACACAGACGGGCCUGCUCCGAUCGGAACGCGUGAGCGACGGGCCCAGCUUCUCCACUUGGCCGACGUAGCCCCUGACGUCACCCCCGGCACACGUCUCUCUGCGGAGCCGUUGCCCAUCUGGGAUCGCCCCCCGGCCGGAGACUGGGCCGUACCGGCGACCCCAGCGCCGAUCACCUGCUCCCGGCACCAUGACGGUGUCUCUGGCUGUCUGCCUCCUCGCUGCUCUGCUGGGCACCGGGGCCGGCCUGCAGUGCGAGGUGUGCGCCGCAGAAGGACAUAACUGCUCGGGCAGCCUACAGCCCUGCCCCGCCGGGCAAGACUCCUGCGGCAUCUUCCUCACCGAAGUCACGCUGGCGGAAGUGAAGUCCCAGAGCAUCCUGAAGAGCUGCGUGACGUCCAGCCAGUGCAAAGCCGGCCCUGGCUCUGUGGAUUUUGGGUACCAAAUGACAAGAAGAGUGAGUGUCGCCUGCUGCGUGGGAGACGCCUGCAGAAACACCUCUGUGCCCCCGUUUGACGCCAAACCCAAUGGCCGGCGCUGCCGCGGAUGCUUUGUGAGCAACACUGAUCACUGCACCGAGCAGAUCAUCUACUGUAGCGGAGCCGAGACCCGAUGUAUUAAUGCUGCUGGGACCAUACUGACGGCAGUGGGAAAUCUGACGCAGUCCAUCCUGAAGGGUUGCGCUUCUGAGUCUGUCUGCGCCCAGUUAAAAGUGGGUCCAGCGACCGUCGCAGGAAUCAGUGCAAAUCUGACCACAGCCAAAUGCCUGGCCCAGGGACCAGCCAGGUUCCUCCUGCCAGCCCUCGCCGGCCUCCUCCUGAAUCUUCUCUCCCCUCUUCCAACUGCGACACCGUGCUGA